AUGACCGUCUCGACUAUGACCUCGACCGUCGACCGUCGCGUGUCGCCGCUGCCCUCGCCCACCGCUGACGACCUCCACUAUCAUCUCGACACGUUGUCCAUUGGUUCCGGAUGCGUUCUACCUUCAUCAGACCCUUUUCAAGAUGAUCGCUUGCUGCGGGAAGCACUGGACAAUGUCGUGGUGAGUUGCACGCAUCCAUCUCGCCUGGCCUCGAGUAGCAUCUCCCUGGCGCGCGCGCGUGUGAAUGAAUGACCCGACACGGCCGCGCAGCUGGCGGCUGCAGGCCGCUCGCCUGCGGCCCAGUACUGGCCCAGUCCCCCAAGGCUUGGCGCUCGGGCAGUGCAUACGUAGCCCUGGACGCGCGGGCCCAAUGCUCGAUUCUCUCUUCUUGACCCACUCCAAGACUCUUUACUCGAGGUUUUAUCGGUGGCGAUAACGUUAGACUGAUCACACAUCGAACGACAUGCACCCCCAGCAGACGAUCGCCGCCGUGCCCGACCGACCAACUCCGAGAUCGACAACAAAUGACUCACUGCUCGAGCACUAUACCUACCUAUCCGAGUAUUCGGACUCGGUUUCGGACCCACCGUCGGACCGAUCAACCUCGACUUCCCCCUCCAGGACCCAUUCGCCCGUAAAGACGCGUCCCCAACAAUUGCCACAGGGUCCAGCGUCGAGUUCAAUGACCUUCACGCGAUCCGCUGGCCCCUUUGUGGACGGCGCUUCGGCGAGUGGGAGCUCGAAUGGCCACGGCGGACGGAGUCGAGCACAGAGCGACGCGAGCUACAACCCCGGGACGUUGUCGAACCAGUCGACGACCUCGGCCUACAAGUCGAGUACGCGUGCCCCAGCUCCGAGGACGGUUCGGACCUCGAUCACAUCCGCCAACCUCCACAGCGCGGGGUCCCACCCUAAUCUCAGCACGAACGCCAGCGCUACCACCCGAGGUCCCGUGAGUCCGAGCGCCAACCGCAAUGCCAAAUUCAACACCCUCUCCGAUACCAACGGCAAAAUCAAUGGCGCCGGCAACAGCAACAGCAACAGCAACGCCAAAGGUACCAACGGCGCGCAAAUGACCAGGCAUGCCUCGUUGAUGAAUAAGAAAACGGCCCCUCGGCCGGUGGAAAGAAAAAGCGACGUACCCUUGGAUGUGAUUGACAAGCUCGACAUCAGUGGACUGUAUGGUGGAGGAGGUGAGCGCUCUCAUAUUAGAUUCAGCUGCUCGCGUAGGCAGGAUGCUGACGAUGUUACCAUCUGGGCCUCUGUCAGGUCUGGUCCGACACGACGGGCCCUACGCGGCAGCGACAGCAGCGAGGAACAAGGGUCCGUGUGCCCCCAUCGGCGCCUUCAACCCUGCAGCCUUAGUUCCACCUUUCGGCGACACUGUAUCCGCCAAGCCCAAACUCAAGGUCGCUCCCUCGACUGCCCCCGUGCGUCAUCAACCCUCUGCACGAUUAUCUCCCAGGGCUGCAGCUGCUCUCAACGCGAUGGAGCAAGAUGGUUCGGGACCGCAGGGUGGGAUUGGGAAAGAUGGACCUUACGCGGCGGCAGGAAGGCCGGCGUCUGAGGCACGACCUAAGAUCAAUAUGGGUUUCCCGAUCGCUCCGGGGGCUGGGAAGGGGUCGCAGUUGAUCGAGAUGUAUGGCGUCAGGUGAGGCCAAGAUCUGUCUCACCCCGGCGCUUCGCUGUCUUUUGAGACCGACAACUGACCCGGCUGGCGUGGUUCGAUUCAUCCUCCGCAGGGACUCGGAAGCUUGGGAAGAUUUCGGAAGGCGAGAUUGGAAUGCGGGCGGGGGGACGGCUUCGACAAGAGGAGACGCCAGCCUCACCAAGGAAGAUCGCUUCUGUAGGACCCAGUCGAUUUGGGAUAUCGAAGUCAGUUGCUUUGACCUUACUGGUACUUUUGAGGGGGUUAUGCUGAUCCCUGUCCACUUUGACCCCUGUUAUGACGACAGGCCACGCUGGCGGCUGGCAAACCUGUCGGAGUUCCGUCAAACCCUCCACCCAUGCCAGCUCUCGAUGAAUCCUACGCUGCGCACGCAUCCGCCCAUUCCCCGACCGACCGACCAAAGCGGACCAAGUCACUUGCUCGACGUUUCGGACGCUCCAACAAAGAAGGUGCGGCCCCGCCUCGCGAAGAACACGUCGCUUCAGGUGUCGUCCUCCAGGCACGGGACGAGAACGUCGGAGGAGCCGUUCGACCGGCGCUCGUUUCGGCUCAUACGACGAUCGGCGACGAGAGGAUCAAGGAUUGGUACGAUGGGGGACAACCUUUGAGAGGGGUCAAGAGUGCCGGACAGGAUCCGGACUCGAGCGUGGAUGAGAAAGAAGGCCUCAAGCGGCCGAAUGUGAUGCAACGAUUGUUCUUGGGGAGGAAGAAGGUCAGUGGUUUGAGCACGAUUCGAGGGCUUUGGAAGGCCGAUUCAACUGACGUUUUCGUUAACUGA